AUGAAAAUUUUUAAAUUCUUAAAUAUUCUAAUUAAUAUCUAUUUCUCAAAAAAAAUAUAAAAUUGGAAUUAAAAUACUUUUCUUUUGAAUAAAUUAAAAAAAAUUUAAUACAGAAUUAGACAGACAGCACACUUUUUAAAAAAAUUUGACAAAUAUUUGAAAAAAAUAUUUUAUUUAAUAGGAAUAAAAAUUUAAUAAAUUUGA